CAACUUAAUUCCAUCCAAGGAUAUAAUUAGUUUGGCAGCAGAGGAACUAAUUUCAUUCAAUGAUGAUGAACACCCAAGCACUUCUCAGCCUCACCUUGGCCCUCCUCUUCGCAGGUGCUCAUGCAGCUACGAUUACCUUCACAAACAAAUGCCCCUACACCGUAUGGCCAGGAACCCUAACCGCCGACCAACAACCUCAACUGUCCACCACAGGCUUCGAGUUAGCAUCCCAAGCUAGCAGCUCAGUGACCACUCCAGUCCCAUGGAAAGGCCGCUUCUGGGGCCGAACUGGAUGCUCCACCGAUGCCUCCGGAAGGUUCAGCUGCGCCACAGCAGAGUGCAACUCCGGCCAAGUCACAUGCAACGGAAACGGCGCCGUUCCACCCGCAACCCUAGUUGAAAUCAACAUUGCAGCCAACGGGGGCCAAGACUUCUAUGACGUGAGCCUCGUCGACGGCUUUAACCUUCCCGUUUCCGUCUCUCCGCAAGGUGGCACCGGCGACUGCAAGACCUCUACCUGCCCCGCCAACGUCAACGCCGCCUGCCCGGCUGAGCUGCAAGUGACCGGGGCCGGCGGAGUUAUCGCCUGCAAGAGUGCGUGUACAGCUUUCAACCAGCCUCAGUACUGUUGCACUGGUCAGUAUAACCAACCGUCGACGUGCCCUCCCACAAACUACUCUCAGAUAUUCGAGAACCAGUGCCCUCUGGCUUAUAGCUACGCUUACGAUGACGUCAACAGUACCUUUACAUGCAGCGGUGGACCUAACUACGUUAUUACAUUCUGCCCUCCAAAUUAAUAUAUAGAAACACAUAUAUAUACUCUCUAUAUAAAAAUAUUUCCCUUUCUAUACAGAUAUAUAGGAAGAAUAAACUUAAUGAAUCUUGACACAUUACAGGUGUUGUCAUGAAUUUGUAAUAAUAUUUUCAAUGAAAUAAAAAAUAAGUACGUGGUCCGGUGCUACUAUUAGCACUGGUUUUAGCUGGCAAUGAAAGCACAUUUUGAAUA